CCCGACCCAAUCUAAGCUGAAACCCUAGAGGGAAGAACAGAUUUUUCGGCUUCUCCCCCCUUAAAUCACAACAAACUCUUCGUCUCCCUUCGCCGCCGCCGCUCUCCUCUGCUUCGCAAGCUCCAACACCCUAACCCUACAAGCCCCAUUCGCGAUGGCGCCGAAGAAGGAAAAGGCUCCUCCUCCGUCCUCAAAGCCGGCGAAAUCCGGCGGAGGGAAGCAAAAGAAGAAGAAGUGGAGCAAGGGGAAGCAGAAGGAGAAGGUGAACAACGCCGUGCUCUUCGAUCAGGCGAACUACGACAAGAUGCUCUCCGAGGUCCCCAAGUUCAAGCAGAUCACUCCAUCCGUGCUCUCUGAGAGAUUGAGGAUCAACGGAUCCCUUGCCAGGAGGGCAAUAAAGGACUUGAUGGCAAGGGGCGCUAUCAGGAUGGUUUCUGCCCAUGCCAGCCAGCAGAUCUACACUAGAGCUACCAACACCUAAGAUGAAAAAUUAGAUGCUUUCUUAAAUCAUUUAGGAGUCGUAAUCUCUGUUCUCGUAUCUUUGCCUCAUUUUUGUGUGUUAAGCGACUUUUUGCUUAUAUGUUGCACUUCUUGCCGCAGAACAAGGCUAUUGAAAUUUGGAUUUGUUCCCUUUUGAGGUUGAUUUACUUCAGCUGCUCUUGUGCUAUCUAUGGUACUCCUGGUUCCUCUGUC